AUGGGUCGCCCUCUUUACUCUAAAGCUUUCCAGACGGAACCUAUCAUCAGACAGCCAGAGGCUCCUUGCCCAUACGAAAAGUGGUCACAUAUCAACGCUUUCGAUCCAGACUCUGACGAGUUCUUCGAAAGCGACCAGGCAGUUUACGAGGCCUUCGUUGACCACAUGCCUGUAGAACACUCGGAAGAUGAAGAAGAGAUGGAGGAGGACAGAGAAGCCGUAGUUAUCAGACUAGACCUCACCGGUGAGGGCAGUCUUCUCGACCGUGACAGCCCAAUGGCUGUUGGCGGUGAUAGCCUAGCCCAGUACAUUGGUCAGGCCUACCGAAGGCAGACAAUGGAGGCGGAAGCUCCCGUCCGAGUUCGUCUCGCGGCCCAUGCUACCCCUGGUGAAGUCCAGAGUGAUGCGCCACCAAUAUUUGCCACGCAGCCACAUAAUAUCUUUAAUCACCGUCAUCAUGAACCUCGAGAUGAACUCCCUCUUCCGAGCCCCAGUGCACCCAUCCCUGUUCCCGGCACAAACUCCUCUUCAUCCGGUGAAGGGCUAUCUCUCUCCUCGUUCUAUCACCACCAUAUAUCAUCAACACCACCACGACGCCACGCAUCCUUUUCUCGUUUUUCCCCGUCACCGCCUCCCACAGUCUCACCUCGUAUUUACACCUGGGCGCCUCGUCGCCAGACAUACUCGCCAGCCGCCACAAGUCCUCUUCCUAACAAUAACGCACGCAUGUCUCAUACUCAUAUAUCCCCCGCACUCGUCCGUGUCCGUGACGUCAUGGCUUAA